GAGUUUGUACCUCAGAAAACAUCAGCUUACAUAAGCCAAUAUGACCUGCACAAACCUGAGAUGACUGUGAGGGAAACGAUAGAUUUUUCUGCACGCUGUCAAGGUGUUGGAAGUAGAGCAGAAAUUAUGAAGGAAGUUAGCAAAAGGGAGAAAGAAGCAGGAAUUGUCCCUGACAUAGACAUUGACACCUUCAUGAAGGCGACUUCAAUUGAGGGGCAAAAAAGAACUCUUCAGACAGAUUAUAUUCUGAAGGUAAAUUAUUUUCAAUCAGAGCAGGGUCAAUGUCGGUUGUAAAGCAAAUUAUUUU